GAACCAUCAGAUUGCGGUAUACCUGCUCGCCACAAACCACAAGGCGCGACGCUGCACGCCAUUUCGAGAUCCCGCAUCAGUCCUCCUUGCCACCUGCAUCUCGGCUGUGCCUUCGCCUGACCCCACACUAAGAACGACCAGCGGCCAGGCCAGGCAAUCAAAAGAUCACCGGCUUAUUCCCACAGCUGCGCUACUGCCGGCCGCAAUUCGGACGUCUUCUCUUCUGGCAACAUGGGGCGGCGAUAACUGCACAGGAGAAGUCCAUCCCCAGUGCUGCCCGUCCGAGUUGCUCAGCCCCCAAGUUCCGGCAGUUCCGGUGCGUCCCGUUCCUGGGACUGGACGGUAAUAAUAGCAUACGCAGAGUCGGCGGCUACACUGCCUGCCCUGCGAACGAACUCCCCGCGGUCGCGAACAUCGAUCGCUUGCCCAUUGCUACCAGCAAGGCCUGCGGCUCCGUCGAUCGACCUCCGAACUUGGCGAUCACCACCGUAAUCGAUUCUUAGUGUGCCGACCGCCUCGAAGGCGACUCUUUUUACCAUGGACCCUAUGCAUUCGGGCUUUCAGAUGCCCAUCCCGCCGCCCCCGUUGAUGAACCAGCCGCCCCAGAUCUUUGGUGGUUACAACGAACAUGGACUUCCGAUCCCGCAAUUACCCCCCGACCUCCUCGCCGCACAGAUGUUUGGCGAUCAUGGGCUGCUGGAAGAUACGAACGAAGCCAAGAGACGGAGGAUCGCGAGGGCAUGCGACAUGUGCAGGAAGAAGAAGAUCAAAUGCGAUGGCAAGCUCCCGGCCUGCACACAUUGUACCAACUACAAAACGGAGUGCGUCUUUACGCAAGUUGAGAAGAAACGGAAUCCUCCCAAGGGGGCCAAGUAUAUCGAAGGACUCGAAAACCGGUUGGGGCGCAUGGAACACCUGUUGAGGCUAUCAGGCUUGCUCAGCGAAGACGACGACGGCGCUACUGAUCUCGGGACGCUGGAGAAGAAGCUUGCGGAAAAGCACCAGCAGUCAAGGCAGGCUUCCCAGGCUGCCUCCGACCCUACGUCACCGUCGCACCCGGCGUCAGGUCCGGAUGCCAGUGGCUCGACCCCUCACAGCUCGCUAGCAACCCCAGAGCCUGCCAAGGAUGGCGAGAAGAGGAGGUCUGCCACGCCCGAGAAAGAGCAUCAGGAUGACGAGCAAGAAGAGGUUGCCGAACUCUCCGAGAUGAUGUGCUCCCUAGUUACCAACAACUAUGGCGAGACGCGGUAUAUCGGCUCGUCGUCUGGCUUCUCCAUCUUCUCUCCGAAAGGGAUACAGUGGGUCAACGAGAAGAUGGGGGAUACGUCGUUCCAGCAAAUGAUCUCGGACGUCUCCAUCGACGACCACAAGUGGACUGCUUGGAAGCCUGAUGUCUUCGGCGAUCUCUUCCGCCGUACCAUCUUCAGGGAGCUGCCCCCAAAGCCCGAGGCGCUGUCGCUGCUCGUGGACUACUUCGAGAACUUCAACUGCAUGUUUCCCCUUUUUCAUCAGCCGACCUUCAUGCAUCUAGUGGAGAGGCAGUACUCGAACGAUCCCUAUACCGGAUCCGGGUGGUGGGCCAGUCUGAACGUUGCCCUGGCCAUUGCCCACCGUCUGCGGGUGAUGAGCAACCUUGUACCACAAGAGGAGGACGAGAAGGCUUGGGGUUACAUGAAGAAUGCGAUGGCGGUCUUCUCCGAGUUGACAAUGCGCAACACCGACCUGCUCAGCGUGCAGGGCUUGCUGGGCAUGGCUUUGUUCCUACAGGGAACCCCGAAUCCUCAGCCAUCCUCCCUGCUCAUAGCCACGGCAAUCCGGUUGUCGCAUAGCAUCGGUCUCCACAAGCGCGGGACCGGCUUCAACCUGAACCCGAUUGAGAUCGAGCAGCGCAAGAGGGUGUUUUGGAUCGCGUACAUGCUGGACAAGGAUUUGUGCCUUCGAUCCGGCAGGCCACCCGCCCAGGACGACGACGACAUGAACGUGGAGCUUCCCGAUGCCGACCCUGCGGACGGCAUCGGCAAUAUUCCGUUGGCCGAUGGGAAAGGCAAGAUGAACCUGUUUAGGGUCAUGUGCGAACUAGCCAUUGUCGAGAGCAAGGUGUACAAGAGGCUGUACUCGACAAAAGCGACCAAACAAUCGGAUGGCGAACUGCUGAACACGAUCGGCGAGCUAGACAAGGAGCUAGAAGACUGGAAGGAUCGUAUCCCCAUCGAUUUCCGCCCCGAACACGAGAUCAAGGCGUCUCACACUCCGCUCAUCCUCCACAUCGUCAUGUUGCAUUUCAACUACUACAACUGCCUCACCACUAUCCACCGGAUGUCCAUCCAUCACGGCUACUGGACCAGCCGUCUCUCCAACUACGCUAUUCAGGGGCGCAACACCAGACCACUGAAUCCGCGCAUCUUCUCGUCGGCGGCACUGUGCACGUCCGCUGCUCGUGCCUCAAUAUCUCUGCUUAAGUACAUACCGCAAGGCGAUUUCUCCUGUGUCUGGAUGGUCUUGUAUUUCCCCGUCUCGGCCCUCGUCACAUUGUUCGGCAACAUCCUGCAGAAUCCCCUUGACCCAAGGGCACGCUCCGAUACGAAGCUCAUGAAUGUAGUCGUCACUUUCUUGUCCAUGCUCGGCGAAGAGGCAGAAACAGGCGGUGUCCACCGCAUGCUGGGUGUCUGCUCCGAGUUUGAGCGGAUUGCCAAGGUUGUGGUCGAGAAGGCAGAGAAGGAGCAUGCAUCACGGCGGAAACGGAAGAAUCAGGAGCAGUCGUCGACCAAAGCAACGACAAAUUCUAACUCCAACGCGACCACCACCACUGCCACCGCGACUACCGCGGCCCAGUCGCCAUCCUUCAACCCGAACCCGAUUCCGCCGACAUCGCGCCCCACCACCGCGAGCUCGACUACUCCUCAACCAACCGGAAUGCACGCGGCGAGCAACGACGGCCACCUCUCCCCACCCCUCAAUGACCGCCGCUCGCCGCAAUACGUGAACGGCAACUACAGCCCCAUGACAGGCACCAUGAGCCAGUCCCCGUCCCCGGGCCACCCACCAACGGGCUGGCACAACGAUUUCACCCCAGACAGCUCCGACUACAAUGCCUAUGCGGACAUGGGCGCGUUUGGGCCCAUGGGCGCCAUAAACGCAGCGGGUAUUGGCGCCGGCGAACUGGCAAGUCCACCGCUUCCCGCCGGCGGAGGCGCAGACUUCUUCCAGCAGCCGAUGUUGCCGCAGGAUCUGUUCAGCUUGCCGAUGACGCUCGACUGGGACUGGGCCGAGAUGAGCGGCGGCGCAUACCCUAGCGUGGAGAAUGGGAAUUACGGAAGUGUGGACACGGGUAUGGGGGGCCAAGGGGCUGGCGGGCAGCAGUCCUCCCAGGGGAGGUAGCAUGGUUGGUGAGGGGGAGGGAAGCGGGUUGUGACGGUUUUGGUGUCAGCGAGUGCCUGAAUUGUACUUGGUACGUCGGCCGCUCGGAUUCGUGUCGCGGGAUCGUUUCCUGGAUGUAUAAUGGCCGUGGAAGCACGCUUAUCGGAGUCGGAUUGUUGGCGGAGAUUUCUUUCUCUUCCUCCGGUGGCGGGACGUGGACGAAGUUUGGGUACGUUUUGGGUACGUUGUUGCAAAGGGUUUGAGUUAGUCGGAAUUCUCAUCUCCUUUUGUUUCUCGC